AUGGACGACAUGGACGAAUGCACCCUGCGUCUCUUCCUGCGCCUCAUCUACGCGGGCGGAUGCAACCUCCCCAAGAAGUACCUGCUGAGCCACGGGCUGCAGCUGCUGACGUCAGUGAACAAGUACGAUAUCCUGGAGCUCUUGUACGCGCUGGACGGCCAACUGGCGGCUGUCGCGGCGGAAUCUGGGGACCUCCAGCUGGCAUUUGACGGCCUACACGUGGCAACGGCUCACGGCGCAGUGCAGUUAGCUGCUUGGUGCAGGGAGAAGAUUUUUGAGUGCAGUGGGCAAGAAGCGUGCAUCGCUAAAAUAAAGGAAAUGGUUAUGAGCGACUCCAUUCAAGAAAGGCUCCUCUCUUUGGAUGUGAUGGAGUUUGUUUUCAAACGGGCAUCCAAGAAGCGGACUUCUAGUGUGAUGGAUGGGUCAGUUUUCUAUCGCUAA